AUGGUGCGGCUCCUCAAGCGAGGGCACGGCCUCGAGAAACCCUACGAUGAGGAGGGCGACGAGGAGGCUGACGCCGCUGUGCGCCAGGUGCAGAGUCAGAUACUGGAGGGUGUGGGGCGGAAUAGUCCAGCGUACGAUGAUGACAACUACGGUGUGCUCUUCCACUGGCAGGGGGAGGCCGGCGCCGACCACCCUCGCAGGGCGCUGCAGAUUGACCGCUCGUCCUGCAUCGGCUCGAGGCCGCGGCUGAGCAAGGAUGGAGGCGCCAGAGAAGCAACUCCUUCUGAGAUGGGGUUGAUGAAAGAUCGAUAUGCAAAGCUGCUUCUUGGAGAGGAUAUGUCAGGUGGUGGCAGAGGAGUUUCAUCUGCUCUUGCUUUGUCCAAUGCCUUCACCAACCUUGCUGCAUCUGUAUUUAGCGAACAAUCACGCUUAGAACCGAUGCCUGCUGAAAGAAAAGAGAGGUGGAGGAGGGAAAUCGACUGGCUUUUAUCUGUGACCGAUCACAUUGUUGAGUUUGUUCCUUCUAGACAGACAUCAAAGGAAGGGGUUACCAUAGAGAUAAUGACGACGCAGCAACGCAGAGAUCUUCAAAUGAACAUCCCCGCGCUUCGCAAGCUAGAUGCAAUGCUCAUAGGCUCCCUUGACGACUUCAUGGACCAGAACAUGUUUUGGUAUGAUUCAAGAGAUGCCGAUGAAUCAGAAAAGGGAAGAGCGCGGAGGAAGGACGACAAAUGGUGGCUUCCUACAGUGAGAGUCCCCCCUAAUGGACUCCCUGAGGAGUCCACUAGAUGGAUUCAGUUCCAGAAAGAUUCAGCUUCACAGGUACACAAGGCAGCCAUGGCGAUCAAUGCUCAAGUUCUCAUGGGAAUGGAAGUCCCUGAAGCCUAUGUCGAAUCUCUUCCCAAGAAUGGGCGGUCAAGCCUAGGAGAUGCUAUCUACAAAUGCAUCACAGAUGAUGUCUUCGACCCCGAAGAAUUCCUCAGAAUGGUGGAUUUGUCAACCGAGCACAAGAUUCUUGAUUUGAAAAACCGAAUCGAGGCUUCGGUUGUGAUCUGGAAGAGGAAAGUGCUAGACAAGGAAGGCAAGCAUCAUUCUUGGAGUUCGGCGGUCAGUUUGGGGAAGAGGGAGCUGUUCGAAGAGAGAGCUGAGAUCAUCUUAAUCCUCAUCAAGCAAAGGUUUCCUGCCAUCUCUCAAUCAGCUCUCGAUAUCAGCAAGAUCCAGUACAACAAAGAUGUAGGACUAGCAAUCCUAGAGAGCUACUCUAGGAUCCUAGAAAGCUUAGCCUUUGUGUUGAUUUCGCGAAUUGACGAUGUCCUAUAUGCGGAUUCUCUCGCGAAAGGUUCAACCACCAAGCGUCCAGAGGGGAGGCAACCGAUGCACGAUACUAGAGAAGAAACAAAAUCACCCUCAUUGAGUCUAUCGGAUUUCAUGAGCUGGGAUCGUGAGACCGGACAUGGCACGGAGAUGAGGAAUGCCGGAGGGGGGAUGGUGAAGAGGCCUACCGAAGUGAAGGAUGGCAAGAAGUUUUGUUACUUGGUGGAGCACGUAGGAGGCACGAAAAGUCCUGCGGCUCGUCAUUGAUAGGCACGAUUGCCUCCCAAUUGUGUUCGAGUGUAGAUAG